GGAACGCUUUAUUAAUCUCUUCAAGAAUUUUGGACCGUCAUAUAUUUAACAAAAAUAUAAAUAAAAUAAAUAGGAUUUCAUCAAAGAAAUAACUAAAGAACUAAACCAUAACAAAAAACUAACAUAUCCCUCGAAACUGAGCAUGUGAAAAGUGAAAAUUGCUACCAAAAAUGGAAUGAACGAAAACAGUUUUUGAAACAGGAAAAAUUUACUAAAAACAAUUAAUUUGUUAUCAAUAAGUUAAGUAAAAUGGUUGAACCGGCGAAACCGUUUGCCUGUACGAUGCCAGAUUGUGGUAUGACGUUCACAAAUGAAGAUCAUUUACAUGUUCAUACCAAAAAACAUGAUAUGGUACUUUCUUUGGGUAUGGAGCAAAAAGCAGCAUUCGUUGCUGACCAGACUCCUACACCAACACGUUUCAUAAGGAAUUGUGAAGAGGUUGGCCUGUUCCAAGAUCUUCAGAAUGUCAAUCCUUUUGAUGAGGGCUUCAAGAGGGCCAUGGAGGCUAAACAUGGCAUCCUAUCCCUGGAGAGUGCCUUAUCAUCAUCAGAUGAGCUGCACACUCCUCAAAUGGUGUUCCCCAUCGGUGACGGAGACGCCCUCUACAGUACUACUAAUAACCAAAGAAAUAUUACUAUAAGCAGAUCCUCAAGCGACGAAUCAGGCGCAGUCAAAGAAUUUGAAAGAACAACAAUUUCUAAGUUAACCAACGAAGUAACUACUAUAAGUCGCAUUGUAGGCAAAACAGAGGAAAAAGAUGAUCGAAAUAAAGAUAUAAGAAAAGACUCAGUUUCGUACACAAAUAACGUUAUUAAAAUAAGCAAUAUGGUUCGCAAAGACAGUGUAGAUAAAAACCCGGUACAGACUUUAAUAUAUGAAGACACAGUCAUAAGAGAUAGUAAUGUAUUAUCAAAAGAUUUUACAGAGAAAGCUCAAGAAGUGCCUCCAAUUAUGAGUCAGAAAUCCUUAGACUUUAUAGUAGAUAGUCUUAAUACAGAUUUUGAAGACACUGCUAAGAAAAAACCUAAAAAUGACGCAGAAGAUUAUGAAGUGAUAAUAAAACUGCCGAAUGGUAAGCAAGUUAAAAUGCGAGCAGUCGAAGAAACAAGACCAGUGGAAGAAGAAAAAACGAACGCAAAAGAAGUUUUGAAAAAAGCUCUAACAGAAAAAGUAGAAUCCAAAAAAACUACGCAACGACAGACCAGUGUUAAUAGUGUUAAUUUAGUGCCGAGUGUUGUGGUACCAAAUUUGGUACCAGGCACUUUUAUACCAGUGACUUUUACGUUUCCUCAUGUAAACAAAGUGCCUAUUACACCUUUGAAAAAUACGGAAACUUUUAAAAGACCUGUAAAGAGAAAAGUUAAGAAUGAUAAAGUGGAAAGUAGUAAAGAAAGUGAGCAGAAAGCUGGUGGUAGUAAAAGAACUAGUGCGGUCAAUAAUGGGAAUAAAGAUUUAGUUGGGAGAUCAGCAGCUUCUAGAAGAUAUAGGGCAAGAUUAAAAGAAACGUGGAUGCAGCAAGCUCAAGAAAAUAAGGACCUUCGGGAAUUAAAUGAUAAGUUGUUAUCAGAGCGAGCAGUUUUGAAAACUAUCAUCACUGAACAUCUGAAAAAGUGUCAUGAUGCUGCUGACUUGAAAAACAUUUUGGAGAGAUUAAAACAUGCAGAAUCGACCUUAUAGUGAAGGAGUUGACUGAUCUCCACAACUAUUGACUUAGCUAUUUAUUAGAAAGAAUUGAUAAAAUGAACUAGGCUUAAAAUACAUUGGUAGGGAGAAAUUUCACUUAUUUUGUCAGUGAUUUCAAAGGUAGGGGUAAUCUAGACCACCAAUUAAAUUGUGCAAAGUUAAUGACUGUAUAGAAUUACAUGAUUAUUUUAUUGCACAAUCGUAACAAAAUUGAAAAAAAAAUCGUAUGCCCUUCUCUACUCUACCUCCCUUCCAAUUUCAGUUUUAAUGGUUCAGGCACUUUUGAGUAAUAGUUAGUGUAAAUAACACGACUUUCUUUGAUGUAUAUAGAUAUUGCGCAAUUUAAUUGAUAGUCUAGGUAGCACCUUGGAAAUAUUUAUGUAUAUAGAUUGUUGCUGAAAAAAUGGACAACUGUGAUGUGUUUUGUUUACUUAUUUAUUAUUUUUUAUUUAUCAAGUGUUGUUAAUACAGAUUGACAUGAAAUAAAUUAUGCUCUAUUUGGGUAGGUAUACAUUGACUUUGAAAAGCAAUAAUUGUGAUGUUGAAAAUAUCUAUUUUUGUAAAUAUAAUUUUCAUUAUUGUUUGAACGCAAUUUUUACGGUUUCUAUUUGAAUUUCUUAAGUAUAAAUGUUUUAUUUGUAAAAACUUAAUAAAAUGUAUAUGGAAGUGUUCACUAGGUAAUAGAUUUCAUUAUAAUUAUUUCUAGCCUUUUUAUCGUACUGACUUUAUAGUCCUGGUUUCCUCAUUCCACAGUAUUUUUAUUGAUGAAUUUGUAAAUAAUUAUUUAAUUGUUAAUCAAAAUGAACUAGUAAUCCUUUAAUUGACUUGAAAAUAAUCAAUAAAAUAUGAAUUUUAUACAAA